ACUGCCGCGGCUUACUGGACGCUGAACCGUCCAAUCAGAUGAGCGCGGGAUUGACAGCGUUAACUCUUAACUGUUAGGACUUAGGAGACUUUCUUGACUGACAGAACAUACCGGUCAGUCUCUUCAAGUGAAGUAACAUCAUGCCAAUCCAGGCCUUCUCAUUCCCUAUACCUGAAACCAGAUUCUUUCAGGUUGGCCAACACAUCUACAAGUUCAAGAUAAGACGAGGAAGUAAAAUCAGUGGUGAAGAAGACAUGUUGGACAGUGAGUUUGUCAAUCAGGAGCUUGAGAAUGCUAUACGAGUUGUACUCAUGAGCCUGGACCAUCUUCAUCCAUUCGCCACUCAGCAUUUCAACAUCUUUCCCUAUAAGAGUAGGUGGGAGCGUGUGUCGGAGUUGAGAUUCAGGAAAGGAGACAAAAAAUUAUUUGCUUACCCCUUCCUCAUCACAUUGUACGUGGAGACAAAUGAGACAAUCCCUCCACUUACAGUGAACCAUGCAAACAAAUGGGUCCCUUCAGAGAGGGAAUCUAGAUUGGACAGGCCACAUCUUCCUGCUUCCUGUGCCCUUCCCCCAGCUAAUGAACCCAAGCGCAGGAGAACAGAGGAACCACAAGAGGGCCCUGUGAGCUCAGACCACCAUUAUGACGAGGUGGACACACAUCUGUGUCUCCAACAGUUGCCGAACCUGUCUGAAGGUGCAGAAGAGAUGGUUUGUGGCAAUGAGGUAUAUGCUGAUUCAGAGGAGUCUUCACCAGGUGCCACAAGCCCAGAGUUUCAUGUUGUUGAGCAGGAUGCCCCUGACUCUAAAUCCACAGAGAGAGAGAAACCUGGAGUACUUGCUAGACUGGCUAGCAUUGCAGCGUUUCCCUUCUCCCUGCUGUUCAGACGGAGCUGAUGACACUGUCAAGUUCACAGGCAUUUUCAUAUUAGUCCUUACCAUAAUUAUUUGAAAAUGAAUUCUAUUAAUCCCAGAAAAUGUUUGUGUUCUUUUACAAAAGACAUCACAUUUCACAAUUUUGAAUAAAAAAAAGUAUAUUUGAGAUGAAAACUCCACUUGCAACCUGCCCCUCUCUUAGAAAAGCCUGUGUUUUGUGCCCUCGCUAGUAUGAAGGAGGUGACUUCAUUAGUUCACUUAGGCUUUACAUACUCGUCUCCUGUCUCUGCUCAUCUUCCCCAAUCACACAUUUACCCUACAGCAGCCUUCAAGAUCAUUACAAGCUACGCUCUUAGGGAAAAAUAGGGUUUCUGAAGGGUUCUAAGGCCACCUUUCCUAAAAAUGAAACUUUUGUC